AUGACUCCACAACCAAUUGAGAUUCCCGGCAAGUUCGGAUUCGGAACCAUGUCAAUGACAUGGACAUCACAACCGCCACCAAUCCAACAAUCAAUUGAAACUUUGAAAUUUGUCACUUCUCACCCGGAAUAUGGUGUUAAAUUCAUCAACGGGGGUGAUUUUUAUGGUCCCAAUGAUGCUAAUUUGAAAUUGCUUCAACAAUUCUUAUUCGCUAAUGAUCCCAAAAUUAAUCAAGAUUUGGUAAUUUCAAUCAAAGGUGGCGUCGAUCCAGCGACUUUGAAACCAGAUGGAUCUAAAGAAUAUAUUGGCAAAUCAAUUGAGAAUGUUGCUUCUUAUUUCCCAAAGAAAGACGGCAAUGGUGGCUCUGGACCAAAAUUGAUUUUUGAAGCUGCUAGGGUUGAUCCUCAAGUGCCAUACAAAGAUACAAUCAGCUACAUUAAAGAGUACGUAGAUAAUGGAACCAUUGAUGGGAUUUCGUUAUCUGAAGUUGGAAUCAAAUCCAUUGAAACAGCAACGGCCAUAGCACCAAUCUCAUGUGUUGAAUUGGAACUUUCAUUAUUUUCUCAGGACUUGAUUGACAAUGGAAUAUUGGCGUUCCUUUCCCAAAAGCAAAUUCCAAUCAUCGCUUAUUCACCGUUAUGCAGGGGUAUCUUGACUGAUUAUUGUGUUGAACAUGCCGAUACAUUCCUUUCAGAAAUCCCCCAAGGCCAUUUUAAGCAUACAUUGGAUAAGUUCCAACCAGAAAAUUUUGCUGCCAAUUUGAUCCCCUUGAAGAAACUUUAUGAUUUCGCUCAUGAUGUGAAACAUACAAGUUUGGAAAGUUUAGCCCUCUCUUGGAUCUUGAAGAUUUCUGGUCAACAUAACUACAAGGGGAUUGACCAAGUUACAAGAAUUUUGCCCAUUCCUUCAGGGUCAUCUAUUGAGCGUGUAAAAUUGAAUUUCGGCAAUUUUGUUGAAUUGACUGAUGAUGAUUUACGCACGAUUGAUUUAAUAUUGAAAGAGAAUCCAAUUAAAGGGUUGAGAUAUAAUGCUCAAAGUGAAGGCUCAUUGUUUCAGUAG